GGCCCAUUUGGAUUGAGAGAUAAGAAACAGCCCAAAACGCUAAAACUUGGCGGAGAGUUCGAGUUUUGAGCCCAAUAAUUGCAGCGGAGGUCGUCUUCUUCAGAUCACAAGGCAAUGACGGCUCUCUUGAGUGGUGGAGUCAUUGUGAAGCCCCCAAUUCUGUUUUCCCCAUCAAGAUUUGCUUCCUCCAAUUUCCUAACCCCUUCCUUUUCGCAUAAUAAACCGAUUAGUGUUUCACGCCCUUUGAAAGUGGUAGUAGCUGCUACUCCCAUGGCGAGUGAGCAGAGUUCAGUUGAAGCGGCUACCUCUGUGCCCGAUUCUUCCAUCAAGCUCCUCUUUGUUGAAAUGGGAGUCGGCUACGAUCAGCAUGGGCAGGAUAUUACAUCAGCUGCAAUGCGAGCUUGCAGGGAUGCCAUUUCCUCCAAUUCCAUUCCCGCUUUCAGAAAAGGCUCUAUACCUGGUGUUUCAUUUGGUGAGAUGAAACUACAGAUUAAAUUGGGAGUCCCUCGACCUCUCCAGCAUUUGUUGGAUAUCAGUAAGGUCAAGUCAGUUUUCCCUUAUGGAGCAAUAACGAACGUUGAAGUUGUGGAUGGCGGACUCAUAUGCUCGAGCGGUGUGGAAGUUGAGGAAAUGGGAGAUAAGAAUGACAACUGCUACAUUGUGAAUGCAGCUGUCUAUGUUGGUUACUAAGUUGAUGUGGCUAUCAGGAUACAAGAUGUAUUUAUGGUGAAGGAUGUCAAAAGCAUAUUUGUUCUUAUAGUUCAUGUGUGCUUAUUCACUAUCACAACAGAAGUGGUGCUGCACAGAGAAGUUGGUCUUCAGGCAACAUAAAGAGGCUCCAUUUUUGUAAUAGCUUGCUCUUCACUCUUCACUCUUCACUGUAAGAUUAGGUCACUGCAUAUGUAUAUGCCGAUGCUCUGUUAUGAAUUGUUGUAUUUCUUAGCUAUACAAUCAGUGUUUGCUACAAUAAAAUGGUUUAUGGUUGCUUUGAUAGAACA